AUGAAUAUAAGUUAAUAUUUGUCAUGUGAAACAACAAUUAAUUAAGAAGAAAACACUAUUAAAGCUGAAUAAAAUGUUAAUUAGUAGAAUACAAACUAUAAAGAUGGAUAAAAUCUAUAUAAUUCAGAUUAACACACUGAUGAUUCUUUUGAAAUGUUAAUAUUAAGUAAUUAGCAUCCUGAAAAUGAAUGGAUAAAAAAAGAGUAAAUUAUAGUCACAUAUCUCAAAUAAAUGGGUCUCAAGAUGAAAACUGAUCCCUUAGAAAAAUAAGAGCAUUUUUAUCAAAAACCUAAGAGGCGAUCCAAUAAAUCCAGCACCAUGUCAUUCAAUACAACUUCAAAAGUUGAUCAAUCUAAUUUGGAAGAUGAUAAAGGUAAUGCUAUGCUGUAAAAAAUCAGUAUAGAAAUGAAUUCAAUUAAAUAAAGACGAACACCAAAUACAACUCCUUAAAGUUCUCCAUUAAUUAUAAAAAAUUUAGAAUAAUAAGAACCCAUAAAAAAAUAAAGAAUGUCAAUUUUUUAGAAAAUGUUAAAUCAACAUUAAGAUAUAACUUUAGAUGAAGAAGAAAUGCAAAAUAAUAUAAAAAGAACUUAGUAAUAUUCAGAUGAUUAAAAAAAUUAUUUUGAUAAAAGUGACACAAAUAGUAGUAAAAGUGACACAGAAAAUAAUUAUUUUUAAAAUUUAUGUGAAUGA